UCUCUGUGGCUGUCUGUCAUUCCUUUGUUCUGUCUCCUGCCAUAGCUGGUAGGAUUCCAUGUGGCUUGGUCCCUACCCUUCCUCUCCCCUCAGAAGCUUGUGUCUCUGUGUCCCUUAGGGCCUGUGAGACCCUUCUGCCCAGGGCCAUCUGGAGAGUCAGGACUGAGGCAAUGGCAGUGCCCAGACUGUGGCCAUGGGUGGCAUGUCUGCUUGUGAUCCUCCUGUCCUUGGGAUUUGGCCUGGACACACUAGAGGUGUGCCCCAGCCUGGAUAUCCGCUCAGAGGUGGCAGAGCUGCGGCGGCUGGAGAACUGCAGUGUGGUUGAAGGCCACCUGCAGAUCCUGCUCAUGUUCACGGCCACAGGAGAGGACUUCCGUGGCCUCAGCUUCCCACGCCUCACUCAAGUCACCGAGUACUUGCUGCUCUUCCGUGUCUAUGGCCUGGAGAGCCUGCGUGACCUCUUCCCCAACCUAGCAGUCAUACGCGGUGCCCACCUCUUCCUGGGCUAUGCGCUAGUCAUCUUUGAGAUGCCACACCUGCGGGACGUGGGGCUGCCGGCACUGGGGGCUGUGCUGCGUGGGGCCGUGCGUGUGGAAAAAAACCAGGAGCUCUGCCACCUCUCCACCAUAGACUGGGGUCUGCUGCAGCCUUCACCUGGUGCCAACCACAUCGUGGGCAACAAGCUGGGCGAGGAGUGUGCCGACGUGUGUCCUGGUGUGCUGGGCGCUACUGGGGAGCCCUGUGCCAGGACCACCUUCAGUGGGCACACAGACUACAGGUGCUGGACCUCCAGCCACUGCCAGAGAGUGUGCCCCUGUCCCCACGGGCGAGCCUGCACAGCGGAGGGUGAGUGCUGCCACACCGAAUGCUUGGGGGGCUGCAGCCAGCCAGACGACCCCAGUGCCUGCGUUGCCUGCCGCCACUUCUACUUCCAGGGUGCCUGCCACCAGGCCUGCCCUCCAGGCACCUACCAGCAUGAGUCCUGGCGCUGUGUCACAGCUGAGCUCUGUGCCAGCCUGCGCUCUGUGCCCAGCCACGCCUCCACCUUCGGUAUCCAUGAGGGCAGUUGCCUGGCCCAGUGCCCUCCAGGCUUCACCCGUAAUGGCAGUAGCAUAUUCUGCCACAAGUGUGAGGGGCUCUGCCCCAAAGAGUGCAAGGUGGGCACCAAGACUAUCGACUCCGUCCAGGUGGCACAAGAUCUGGUGGGCUGCACGCACGUGGAGGGGAGCCUAAUCCUCAAUCUUCGCCAGGGCUACAACCUGGAGCAGGAGCUGCAGCACAGCCUGGGGCUGAUAGAGACCAUCACUGGCUUCCUCAAAAUCAAGCACUCCUUUGCCCUCGUGUCCCUGGGCUUUUUCAAGAACCUCAAACUAAUCCGGGGAGAUGCCAUGGUGGACGGGAACUACACUCUGUACGUGCUGGACAACCAGAACCUACAGCAACUGGGGUCCUGGGUGACUGCCGGGCUCACCAUUCCCGUGGGUAAGAUCUACUUCGCCUUCAACCCACGCCUCUGCUUGGAGCACAUUUACCACUUGGAGCAGGUGACCGGCACGCGGGGCCGGCAAAACAAGGCGGAGAUCAACCCCCGCACCAACGGAGACCGCGCCGCCUGCCAGACCCGCACCCUGCGCUUCGUGUCCAACUUGACGGAGGCCAACCGCAUCUUACUGCGCUGGGAGCGCUACGAGCCGCUGGAGGCUCGCGACCUACUCAGUUUCAUCGUGUACUACAAGGAGUCCCCAUUCCAGAAUGCCACGGAGCACAUAGGUCCAGAUGCCUGUGGGACCCAGAGCUGGAACCUGCUAGAUGUGGAGCUGCCCUUAAGCCGCAACCAGGAGCCAGGAGUGACCUUGGCUCCCCUCAAGCCCUGGACACAGUAUGCAGUGUUUGUGCGGGCCAUUACGCUGACCACUGCUGAGGAUAGCCCCCACCAAGGAGCCCAGAGCCCCAUCAUCUACCUCCGAACCCUGCCUGCAGCGCCCACGGUUCCCCAAGACGUCAUCUCCACGUCCAACUCCUCCUCCCACCUGCUGGUGCGCUGGAAGCCACCGACCCAACGCAAUGGGAACAUCACUUACUACCUGGUGUUGUGGCAGCGUCUGGCAGAAGACAGCGACCUCUACCUCAAUGACUACUGCCACCGCGGCCUGCGGCUGCCCACCAGCAACAACGACCCACGCUUCGACCACGAGGACGGGGAGCUCGAGGCGGAGAUGGAGCCCGGCUGCUGCCCUUGCCAGCACCCACCUCCCGGGCAGGUCCUGCCACCGCUGGAGGCGCAAGAGGCCUCGUUCCAAAAGAAGUUUGAAAACUUUCUGCACAACGCCAUCACCAUCCCCAAAUCCCCCUGGAAGGUGACGUCCAUCAAUAAGAGCCCUCAGAGGGACUCGGGGAGGCACCGCCGCGCCUCAGGGGCCCUCCGACUCAGGGGAAACAGCUCAGAUUUCGAGAUCCAGGAGGACAAAGUGCCCCGAGAGCGAGCCGUGUUGAGUGGCCUGCGCCACUUCACGGAAUACCGGAUCGACAUCCACGCCUGCAACCAUGCGGCGCACGCCACAGGCUGCAGCGCCGCCACCUUCGUCUUUGCGCGCACCAUGGCCCACAGAGAGGCUGAUGUCAUCCCAGGGAAAGUGGCCUGGGAGGCAGCCAGCAAGAGCAGUGUCCUCCUGCGCUGGCAUGAGCCAUCAGACCCCAAUGGACUCAUCCUCAAGUACGAAAUCAAGUACCGCCGCUUGGGAGAGGAGGCCACAGUGCUGUGUGUAUCCCGCCUGCGAUAUGCCAAGUUUGGGGGUGUCCAUCUGGCCCUGCUGCCCCCUGGAAACUACUCUGCCAGAGUUCGAGCAACCUCGUUGGCUGGCAAUGGCUCUUGGACAGAAAGUGUCGCUUUCUACAUCCCUGGCUCAGAGGAGGAAGACUCCGGGGGGCUGCAUGUCCUUCUCACUGUCACCCCCGUGGGGCUCAUGCUGCUCAUCAUUCUUGCUGCCCUUGGUUUCUUCUACAGCAAGAAGAGAAGCAGCACCCUCUAUGCCUCUGUGAAUCCGGAGUACUUCAGUGCCUCUGAUAUGUACAUCCCUGACGAAUGGGAGGUGCCUCGGGAGCAGAUCUCCAUAAUUCGGGAACUGGGCCAGGGCUCCUUCGGGAUGGUAUAUGAGGGGCUGGCACAAGGACUUGACGCUGAAGAGGAGUCCACACCUGUGGCCCUGAAGACAGUGAAUGAGCUGGCCAGCCCACGAGAACGAGUUGAGUUCCUCAAGGAAGCCUCCGUCAUGAAGGCAUUCAAAUGUCACCAUGUGGUACGUCUCCUGGGUGUGGUGUCUCAGGGCCAGCCAACUCUGGUCAUCAUGGAGUUAAUGACCCAUGGGGACCUCAAGAGCCAUCUUCGAUCUUUGCGCCCAGAGGCUGAGAAUAACCCCGGGCUGCCACGGCCAGCACUGGGAGAUAUGAUCCAGAUGGCUGGUGAGAUUGCAGAUGGCAUGGCCUACCUUGCCGCCAACAAGUUUGUGCACCGAGACCUAGCAGCCCGAAACUGCAUGGUGUCCCAGGACUUCACCGUCAAGAUUGGGGACUUCGGGAUGACUCGAGAUGUGUAUGAGACAGACUAUUACCGCAAGGGCGGGAAGGGGCUGCUGCCUGUGCGCUGGAUGGCCCCCGAGUCCCUCAAGGAUGGAAUCUUUACCACCCACUCGGAUGUCUGGUCCUUUGGUGUGGUGCUCUGGGAGAUCGUGACCCUGGCUGAACAGCCCUACCAGGGUCUAUCCAAUGAGCAGGUGCUCAAGUUUGUCAUGGAUGGUGGGGUUCUGGAGGAGCUAGAGAGCUGUCCCCUUCAACUGCAGGAGCUGAUGAGCCGCUGUUGGCAACAGAACCCCCGCCUGCGACCAACAUUUACCCACAUCCUGGACAGCAUACAGGAGGAGCUGCGGCCUUCCUUUCGCCUCCUUUCCUUCUAUUACAGCCCAGAGUGCCGGGGGGCCCGGGCUCCCCUCCUACCCACUGAUGCAGAGCCUGACUCCCCACCAACCCCAAGAGGAGCUUCCUCAGACUGCAGCCCUCAAAAUGGGGGUCCAGGGCACUGAGGGUCACUCCAUUCCCUGGGUGAUUGGCCUCCCAUGGGCAGAGAGGAAGGGACCUGACCUUUUCAGCUGAGAUGUGCAGACUUUUACACCCCCUGACCAUGGGGUGGCCAAGGGUGGGGCAGGAAAGAUUGGGGUUUGAUUAGAGCACUCAUUGUAAAAUUUUUUCAGGAGUCUGAGUGCUCCCUGAGAAAAUAAACAAGGUCCCAGCAGGAGUGGAGAUUAGGCCCUCAAAGAGCCCCUACUCAGACUAAGAAGAGAGGGCCUGUCCACCCCAGAGGUAUUGUCCGGACAGCCCCACCUUCAGCCCACAGGUCUCUUGUGGACUGCGGGGCCAUCAACACGCUUGAAACCAGAUAAGCAACCAGAAUGGUCCUGGAACCUCCUGUGUCCAUGUUUAGGCUGCUGGGAAGCAUGACCGUCUUUCUCACCACUGCGUGUCACCUCCUACCCUCUGCCUCAGACACCAGGCAGGGUGGAAGCACCCAGGCCCAGCCUGGCCCUGAAGGCCUGCGCUCACCUCUUCCUCUCCUUUGCCAUCCCGGGGAUUCCCAAGCUUGGUGCUCCUCCUUCCUGCUCCCCUGAAAAAUCCCUUGGAGUGAAUCACCCACCUCUCCUGGUCUCACGCCCUCAAUCUCCCUCAUACCCUUGGAUUAUUAAGGCUUUAAGAGGCUUGCUUCCUCCCUGCCCUCACUCCUGCCCCCUCCCCUCCCCUCUCUGGGAAGCCACAAUAAAUGCCAAUGUCUGUUUGUACCCUGGUCCCCAGCAGCCCAUUUUCUCUUCAUCUCUAUGGAGUUAACACUAGAUGAACUUCCCCCCUCCCUCCUUGGAGACUUGAGGUGGUGACCCUGAAGCAAUGAUACAGGAUGAAUGCUGCUGUCAAACACCACCUCCUGGGGGCCUGAGCAGCCAGGGUUGCCAUGGCAGUGAAGCAGGACCACCCUGCUUGUAUCUGAGCUCAGGCAGCCCGAAGUGGCUGAGCCCAGCAGGGAACCCUGUAUCUGGCCUCCCAGGCUCACCAGCCUAUCCUGACAUCUCAUCUUGAAGUUAUCUCUUGCUAUUUCCAUGGGCAGACAUGUCCUGGGGUAUCUCAGGACAGACACACGAGGUGGGGAGGGGCCUUGAGGACAUCACCAGUCCAUGCUCAGUGCCACCCGGUGAGGCAUCAGAGCAGUCUGUGUGUCUGGCGCCCCUCUCCCAGCAGAGAUGCCCUGGAGGCCUGUUGAAGCACAGGGGAGUUCAUUUCCCAGCUCUCCUGCCAGUGCCACCCAGGCAUUUGAAAGGAAAGGACUGCAGAAGGGGGUGGCGGUGGAAGCAGCUGGUCAUGGCUCAGGACUCCUUAGCAUCCUGUACCAGUGUUUCCUGCAUCCCUCCUCAGGGCUAUAGCUCCCGCUGCCACAAGCUGCCACACACCUGGACUCUGAAGAGAUUUGCUCACUCCGGCAGCUGUCCCACAAAGCACAGCUCAUUAAGGCAGGGCCCGAGGGGAGUGGGCAUGAGUCUAUGACAAUAAUUACAACUCAUAUACACUACCCUGACCGGUCAGUCAGGGUGGGCAGCAGGGACCACCUGUCACGGGACCCAGGCCCCGACCCACCUGUCAUUGGUGGCUGAAGCAACAGCGGCCCCUAAUGGUUUCUGGCAGAACCACAGCUUAGGGAGAAGGGGGCAAGUUGUCUCCCUUGCGUUGCUGGACUCAGAAGCCUCCAGCAGGGUAGAACGGAGGAGAUACUCUGCACAAAAACCCAGGAUCUGAGACCCAC